AUGGCACACGACGAGACUAUGACGAUACAAACUUGUGAGACCUUUGAUCCGGCAGAAAAAGCCCGACAGCUUGAGACGAUGAUCGGUUGCGGCAUCUCCGGCAUCGUCCACCUGACGCCGUGCGGCACGAUGGUGAAAAAAUCGAAUGCACAGUGGCGACAUUCGCCCGCGAUGCGGUGCAAACAACUACGCAAUGAAAUUGCAAUCUACAAGAAGCUGCCGCAAAACCACCCGCGUCUAGUACGCUUUUGUGACUCGUUUGACGACGGGGCCAUGGACGUGUGGAUGACGCUCGAAUAUAUGCCUAACGGAACACUUGAGGAGUAUCUACGCGGCUAUAAGAAAUUUGGUGGCGAUGAUAAGUUUAAGUUAAAAGGUGAAACGUAUCCCGAUUUCGAGGCCCGUAUACGUCGCCGUCACGAUUCCCUUACCUUGCGCCAACGCGCCCGGUGGUGCCUCGAGGCCGCCGACGGUAUUGUCCUACUACACGCCUAUAAAGUCAUCCACGCCGACAUCAAACCCGAGAACAUGGGCGUCGAUGCUAACCUCGGUGUCCGCAUCUUUGACCUGGGCAGCUCGUCCUUGGGCGACCAGCCCGCGCUCGGUCUCGAGAGCACGCGCUACUUUAUGCCGCGCGAGUCGUGGGACGUCUACAGCGUGACGACCGACUGCUUCGCGGUAGGGUCCAGCAUCUACCACAUCGUCACAGGCUACCGGCCGUACGACGCCAUGCCCGACGACGAGGUGGCGGCCCGCUUCGAGCGGCACGAGUUUCCCGACCUCUCGGGGCAGACGACCGAAUACGAGGCAAAGUACGCCAAGGACGGCGACACCGUCGGCGUGAGCCCCGUGACGGGCCAGCUUCUCUUUGCGGACACGAUUCGCAAAUGCUGGUUCGGCGAAUUUGCCACGGCGGCGGAUGUGCUGGAGGCGCUGAAGGAGGAAGUCGUCGCGACGUUCAGCGGCGACGACUUGGCUUUCAUCGAGGAUGCCAGCGGUUUGAAGGUGCGGGUUGACGGUGCCAGGCAGGAAAUUUGA